UUCCGAUUUUGCCGUCGAUGCUGCGUAGCCUCCUCGCCGUGGCUGCCAUGGUCGGCGCCGUCGCCGGCAUGGGCCUCACCGCCAUGGACGCCGGCAAGGAGAACGGCAAGCCGCUCUUCAACGAGUCGCACCCGAACAUCACGUUCCUCACCGACGCCAACUUUGACACGCUCGUCAAGAACGGCGGCAACGGCAAGCCGUGGCUCAUGGACUUUUACCAUCCCUACUGCCCGCACUGCCGUCAGUUUGUGCCCAUCUUUGAAGAGAUUGCCGCGUACUACAAGCCGCUCGGUAUCGUCAACGUCGGCGCCUUGAGCUGCAUGGACUACUACCAGUGCUCGAUCUACAACGUCAAGGGCUUCCCGACGCUGCUGCUCUGGAACUUUGACAAGAAGUGGCUCGGCGAGAACAAGCGCGCGGUUGGCGAGCACACCAUGGACGAAGUGCUCGGCCUCGUCGCCGACCAAUUCCGCAUCCAGCUCUACAACGAGACGGGCACGUGGCCGCCGGAAGGCAAGACGCACCCGCCGACGACGCCGCCGCCAACGACGCUCAAGCCGCUCUGGGAAGAGUCGACGCUGCCGGCCAACGUGACCACGCGCGUCCACGACGCCGGCGCAGCGUUCGUCUUUGGCCUUAAAGGCGGUGUCUUUGUCGGUCGGCAAAUGCUCGACGACGAUGCGCUGGACGCGCUCAAGGAGUGGGUCCGCGUCGUCUCGCUCACCUUUCCCGGGUCCACCUACCGGCUCAUCAUUCGGUCGCUGUACGAAGCGCUCUUGCCCGUCUCGCUGCUCACGGAUCUCAAGUGGAAGGCCAUGGUCGACGCGUGGCAGGCCACGUCGAUGGUCACCUUCCACGCGCACCCGAUGGUCAACGAGCACGGCGUGACGGAGGAGUGGAUGAACUUGCCGUCGCUCUUUGAGGGCUCGGGCACCAAGUACGCGGCCUGCGAGCUCUACACGUGCGGCCAGUGGACGCUCUUCCACAUGAUGACGAUGCUCAACGGCCACGACGUCCACGGAGCCCACAUCCCCGAGCUCGCGGUCGCGGUCGUCGGCGCCGCGCGGCGCUUCGUGCGGCACUUUUUUACCUGCGUGCCGUGCCGCGAUCAUUUCCUCGCGGCCAACACGCUCGACACGAUGCAGCUCCUCGACAAGGAAGCCCCGAGCAACAAGGCCCGCGCGCUCUACCUCUGGCUCUGGAAGGUCCACAAUGGCGUCAACCGCCGCAUCCGGCACUACCAGUGGCCCAAGCCCAUCGUGUGCGACAAGUGCUCGACCAACACGUCGAGCGACGACGCGUGGGUCAUGCCCAAGGUCGAGGCGUGGCUCAAGGCCAGCUACGGAUUCGAGAGCUACAUUGCCGAGCCCAAGACGCAGAUGCGCGCGGUGGACAACCUCGAUUUGAGCCACGAACCCGCGGGCCAAGUGGCGGCGACGUCGGGACCGGUGCUCAAGGUCGUGCGCGCACAGAACCUCCACGUCGGUGCGGACAGCGACGGCCCGAGCUUCUCGCUCUUGUGGUUGUACCUCUUCCCGAUCGCGAUUUUCGGGCUCUACGUCUUGAGCCAGCGCCGUCGCCGGUAGAUUACCCUAGCCCUAUAGGAAGAGCG